AUGGGUUCAUUUCACAAAUACUAUACAGGUGAAAGAAUAGCUCCUUGUUUAACAAUAUUUAUUGGAGGAAAUCAUGAGGCAUCUAAUUAUUUGAGAGAAAUGCAUUUUGGAGGCUGGGUUUGUCCAAAUAUCUAUUACUUGGGGAGUUCAAAUGUAAUCGAAGUGAAAAAAGGGAAAACUACAUUUAAAUUAGGAGGAAACUCAGGGAUAUUUAACAAUUCAGAUUUUUAUAUUUCUAAAUUAGAAAAUUUCCCAUUCGAAUAAGACUAAUUACAUUCGGUAUAUCACAUCAAAUAAUUUGAUUUAUAUAAAUUAUGUAUGUAUGAAGGAGAUGUAACUAUGUUUUUAUCUCAUGAUUGGCCAUUAAAUAUUGAAAAACAUGGGAAUACCAAUGAUUUGAUUCGUAGAAAAAAACAUUUUGAAGCAGAUAUUGUUGAAGGAAAAUUUGGUAGCAUUUCGCAUCUCCAUUUAUUAAAUAAGCUUUAGCCUAACUUUUGGUUUGCUGGUCACAUGCAUGUAAAAUUUGAGGCUCAAGUAAAUCAUCAAUCAAAAAAAUAAACAAAAUUUUUAGCUCUGGAUAAAUGUCUACCAGGAAGAGAAUUUCUAUCAUUCUUUACAUAUACAAAAGAAGGGCUAGAUGUGUAUAAUGAAUUUGCUUCCAAUAAUGAACCAGUUGAAUUAUAUUAUGACCCUGAAUGGCUGGCAAUCAUGAAAACUACUUACAAUUUAUAAUUGAUAUGGGAUAAAAUGCCUAAAUUAUUUGAAUGCAAUUAUGCAUAAAAAGAAUUAAAAUUAAUAAGGUGGGAAAAGUACUAGUAAAUGUUAUAAGCAAAAUAAGAAGUAUUAAAUAAAUAUAAAAAUCAACGAAUUAAAAUACCAAAUAAUUUCUAAAUAACAGCUACUCCUCAUCAUAAAAAUGAUCACACAAAUAGGUUAACCUUCCCCAAUAAAGUAAUUAUGAAUAACCAGAUGAGUGAUUAUUUGAAAUUGAUCGGUGAAACAGGUUUAGAAUUAAAUGGAUUUCUAUUUUAUGAUCCUCAAUAACCACGAAAACAAGAAUAGUCCAGUUAGUUUUAAGUAAUCAAUAGAAUAGAAAGUCAAUAGAAUAAAAAGAAAGUUAAAUAAGAAAUUCUAAACCAGUUGGAGCAAUCAUAGAACUAAUAAAAAAAGGAUGGUAAUUUGAGUGCAUAAGAUUUUCCAUUUUUAUAAUGA